AUGAUUCGAGCUUCCAAGAGAAACAAACUCAAAGAACGAUUGGAAACCUUCAAGACCUUUGCACUCCUUUUCAUGAUUGCAAUCAACAUCUUCGAACAGCACUCUGCAUUUGAAUCAAACUUUCAACGAGAAUUGGCGGAAUCAAGUAAUGACGUCGUAGUAGAUCACUUAUUGACAUCGUCUCCAAAGGCAAUAAAACAGGAAUACGCAUCCUAUGUUCCAUCUCAUUUGGAAACGAGAAUCAUGGCAAGCUCUCGUUCCGAGUUGCAAUACGAUCGUAUGAGGGCUGAUGAGUGCAGCUUAUUUUUCAAUACGAGUCAAUCUGGUAUCUCUCCUGAAUAUCACGAGUACGUGGCCAUGAUGGACAAGUAUAUCAAAGCGGUGAAGAACUUUGACGCCAAAGUGGAUGACCUCCGACUGAUCCCAACCGAAAAGCGACAAAAGAUAUGCCAGUCCAUGGAUAAUAUUCUGAAGGGUGCCUUUCCAGCAGAGAAUAGUUUAUCUAGGACCAGGGGAGGUUUUAUAGAGCCAUUGCUUCCACCCCUCCGACAUCCGCGAUUCUGUGAAGAUGGUCAUUUGGGAUGGGACUCGGUAUAUCUGUUGAACAUUGAUUAUCUUGUUCAUGAUUUUGGUUUGAUGUGCAACCAGCUCAACAGCACUUCGAAAACAGUCUUUGUUGAUUUGGGCGCUUCACUCGACUAUCAUCCAGAAAACAAUCCAGCGCUACAACUUGUCGAUUUGUACCAAAAGUUUGGAAUCAAAUUCGACCAUUACUAUGCAUUUGAAGCCACUGUGAUUCCCCCAGACCAGGUGUUUCAAAAGGUUCCGAGGGACAUUUUGCCUUCUUAUCAUUGGUUCAACGUUCCUGUAGAAGUACUUGAAACAAGCAAACAGAAUCCAUGGGCAUCAAUUCUAUCCAAAUACAAUGAAGAUGAUUUGGUGGUUGUCAAGCUUGACAUUGACACCCCAGCAGCUGAGAUUCCUCUCGUUGGUCAACUACUGGAAGAAAAGAACUCGAGAAUAGUUGACCAGUUUUAUUUCGAGCACCACGUCCGAAUGAAGAACAUGCUGCGCUUUUGGAAGACUGGUGCAACCAAAACGCUACAACAUUCGAUGGACCUCUUUACACAGCUUCGUCAAACGGGUAUUGCUGCACAUUCCUGGAUAUGA